AUGCCUCAUGUGAAUGAUCAACAUACGAUCAGAAAGAAAGGAGAGAAACUGAAGUCGGAUUCAAUUAGAUUCUUCCACGGAUUGGCACACUCAGUUGGAAGUAUUCCUUAUCGAAGCUGGAUUAACAGUCUGAGGCAGUCUUCGAAUGAGACCGUGUGGUUGCUUGGAAAAGAGUAUGAUUCCAUAAAAUCAGGUAAGAAUGUCUUCUGGUUUUAUUUUCUUAUUUAGAAUCGCUUGCCGCGGAUUUGAAAGGUCGCGUCUAUCUUUCAUAUCGAAAUGGGUUCCCCAAUUUGAACGGCGAACCGAAUUCAAAUUCAGAUACGGGCUGGGGAUGUAUGAUACGAACGUCCCAGAUGUUGUUGGCUCAAGCAUUGUUGAUUCAAAAUCUGGGUAGAGGCAAGUGUUAGAAAUAGCUUUCUUUAUUCUUUAGAUUGGAUCCGAGACGACGCCACGCCUUCCACUUUAUCCAAUAUAAUUCGAUUAUUUGAUGAUCACACAGGUCCUCUCGGGAUUCACUCGUUUAUAAAACAAGCCCAAAAUCACGGAGUUGAGUCGCCAGUGGGCAGAUGGUACUCUCCUUCGGAAGCAUUUAUAAUUUUCCGGGAUAUUAUACACAAUUCCCACAACUGUCUAUUAGGCCAUAUUUCUCCAUUGGUCUGUUUCGACAAUUUAGUUGCUUUACAGGACAUUGAAGAUGCUUCUGAAGGAUGGACAAAGAAUGUAUUGGUUGUGAUUCCAGUUCGAUUGGGAACUCAAGCGAUGAAUGACGUAUGUUUUUACACGUAAGGCUCGUAACCGGUAGAUUAUUAUCUAUCUACAUAUAAAUAACUGCUUAUUUGACCUUUUUCAGAAGUAUAGUGAUUCUCUGCGGUCUCUGUUUUUGACAAACAACUUCAUGGGCGCUGUGGGUGGCAGGCCAAAACAUUCUCUGUACUUUGUCGGGACCUCCAAUGAUGUAAGAAAGGGUUUUUGUUAUAUUCACGAGACUUGCGCCCUGUCUUUGGCAGACUUGUAAUGAUUACAGUUAUUCCUUUUUUAGUUACUUUUAUAUUUGGACCCGCACAAGACUCAACCUUACACUAGAUUGGAUGGGAAUGAAUCCACGAAGACUUGGGACACUUAUCAUUCAUCGGAAAAGUUGUUCAUGAAGUUGAGCUCGAUUGAUCCAUCGUUGGCUUUGGGAUUUCUGAUAACUUCGAAAGAAGAUUGCGAGCUAUUGAUCAAAAGUUUGGCUGAGAAUGACAUAAUAGAAUAUGAGAAUUCACCAAAGAGCCCCUUGUUUAGUGUUGUUAAAGAGAAAACAGUAUAUAAUAGUCUAGAAAGUAAUGGAGGAAUCGAAGAGAAUGGCUUUGAAUUACUGUAA